AGCAUUCAGUCCGCUCCAGUCGAUCCAUAGUGUUAGAUCGCUUUAGGAAGCCCGUCGUACCCGCACAACGCGUCAGGGUUGAUGGGGUUUGAGGCAGAAUAAAUUCGCCUUAUUUUAAUUUUGAAUUCGUUUCGUUUUUCCUAUUCCGUUCGUUAUGUAGUUUAACGAAAAGUAAAAAAUAACCAAAUAAAUUAAAUAAAAGAAUAUUUAAUAAACGAUAAAUAAAUACGUGGACUCUAGUUUUUUAUACUUUAAUAUUACUUCGAACUGAACUAAGUUGCAACGUUUAUAAAGCAGUUGACUGUAUAAUUAAAAAGUUGGAUAAAGUGAGAAAGGAGCGCGUGCAUUGAGCGUUGGGCAUGAUGGAGCCCAACUGGAAGCGGCUUAUUUUUGCCGCUACGAUAGCAGGAGCGUUACUAGGCGCAAAUGCGCAAUUUUGGAAAAAUAGCGAAACUGGCGCAAUUUCUAGUUCGCUAAAACAUUAUAGAGAGGAACCAACACCACCACGUUCACCGAUUGAUGAUAGUUAUGCGAUAAUAGAUACCGUAGGUACAAAUAGAAAUGGACCGCCAAGAAAUUGUACAUCCGGCACAGUGGGUUGUAUACCGAAAUGUUUUGCUGAAAAGGGUAAUAGAGGUUUUCCUGGUGAAGCGGGUCCACCCGGACCUAAAGGUGUGGCUGGAUAUGGAGGUCCUGAAGGUCCACCUGGCGAUAAAGGACAAAAAGGCGAUCCCGGUCCGAUAGGUCCACGUGGUUACAAGGGUGAACGUGGUAUACCCGGUACGCAUGGCAUGCCUGGUAAACCUGGUGUACAGGGCUUUUCUGGAAACUCCGGUGCUCCUGGUGCUCCUGGUAAAGAUGGUUGCAAUGGUGAAGAUGGACUUACUGGUCUGCCAGGUCUUAGCGGCAUGCCUGGUCCACGCGGUUAUCCAGGUCAGCCGGGUGUUAAAGGUGAGAAAGGUGAACCAGCAAAAGAAAAUGGCGAUUAUGCUAAAGGUGAAAAGGGAGAACCUGGUUUUGCUGGUCGUUCGGGCAAUCCUGGUCCGGAGGGUCCGCAAGGGCCAAAGGGUGAUCUUGGUGAUACUGGUCCAUAUGGCUCACCAGGUCCACGGGGUGAUCGAGGUAUAAAAGGUGAUAAAGGUGCGCCAUGUUUUGCACCACCACAACCAGGUAAAAAGGGUGAUAAGGGUGAAAAGGGUGAACCAGCCUCACUGAAACCUUCAACUGGGGGACCUCCACAAAUUAUGGGUGAAAAGGGUGAGAGAGGUGAAAAAGGUGAACCAGGUUUGGCUGGCAAGAAAGGUGAAACCGGAUUAAAAGGAGAAAAUGGGCGUGACGGUGUAAAAGGUGAAAAGGGCUUACCUGGUGGUCCUGGUGAUAGAGGACGACAAGGAAAUUUCGGUCCACCGGGUCCAACAGGACAGAAAGGUGAUCGUGGUGAGACUGGCUUAAACGGUUUGGCUGGCAAACCUGGUCAAAAAGGCGAACCCGGCCGUCCUGGAGAGCGUGGUGAACGUGGAUUGCUCGGUCCUCCAGGUCCACCUGGUGGUGGCCGAGGUUCUCCAGGUGCACCUGGUCCGAAAGGUCCCCGAGGAUAUACUGGUGCCCCUGGUCCUAAAGGUUUAGACGGUGUUGAUGGUCCUCCUGGUCCGCAAGGUUACCCUGGUCCCAAAGGUGGUCUAGGUUUGGCUGGUCGUCCUGGUCUUGAAGGCCCUGCUGGAGAAAAAGGUGAAAAGGGAAAUGCAGGUCGAACAGGACCAGCAGGUCCCAUUGGUCCUUUAGGUCAUACUGGUCCACCAGGACCAGAAGGUCAGAAAGGUGAACCCGGAUUCCCUGGUACUGGUGUAAUGGGUCCCAAAGGUGAUGACGGUACUCCCGGUAUUCCCGGUCUUAAAGGUCAAAAGGGCGAACGAGGCUUCAAAGGAAAUGCUGGUGCGCCAGGUGAUUCGAAAUAUGGACGGCCUGGAUCUCCAGGUCGUGCUGGAGCGCCUGGUCAAAAAGGUGACCAAGGACGGCCUGGUAAUCCCGGAGUGAAAGGAGACAUGGGUCCAAAAGGAGAUGUCGGUGGUAAAUGCUCACAAUGUCCUGCUGGUUUUAAAGGAGAUAAAGGCGAUCACGGGUUAGAUGGUAUUCCUGGUGAACCCGGCGUGCGUGGUCCUCCUGGUGCUACAGGUGCUCCGGGAGAGCGCGGUGCUGAUGGAAUUGCUGGUAAGGAUGGACCACCUGGUGAAAAAGGUGAAGAUGGCAGAGAUGGUCUACCUGGUCCGGAUGGCCCUGCCGGCAAAGAUGCAAUAGUCGACUUAAGUCUUGUAAAGGGAGAGAAAGGAGAAAAGGGUGGAAGAGGUUUCCCUGGCCCAGCCGGAUUAAAGGGUGAACCAGGUUAUGCGGGUUUACCUGGAAUAGCUGGUGCCAAAGGAGAAAUCGGCGCUAAGGGUGAUAAAGGCUAUGCUGGGCAACCGGGUACAGAUGGUACUCCUGGUAAUCCCGGUCGCGAUGGAACUGACGGUUUUCCCGGUAUAGAUAUUAAAGGCGAACCAGGUCGUCCGGGUCGUGAUGGAAUUAAAGGUGAUAAGGGAACUGGAGGCCGCCCUGGAACAAAAGGUGACCCAGGAACUUGUGACGCUGCGAAUUUAACUGUACCAGCUAAAGGCAACAAAGGUGACCGGGGUGCACCAGGAAUGCCAGGUCCAAUGGGAGCUAUGGGCGAAAAAGGAAAUAAAGGAGAUGAAGGAUGGAAAGGUGAUAGAGGUCCACAAGGUCCGGUAGGUCCUGUAGGUCCACGUGGUUUGACUGGUCCUCGCGGUGAAAGAGGUAACCCUGGUGCUAUGGGUGCCCCAGGAAACCCAGGUAAAGAUGGACCAAGAGGGCCUCCAGGACGAGCUGGGGAGCGAGGACAAAAAGGUGAACAAGGUAUAGCUAUAGCUGGACCAUCUGGUCCACCAGGACGUGAUGGACCCUCUGGGGAUAAGGGAGAUCGAGGUGUUCCUGGUCCAAUUGGGCCAAGAGGUGUGGAUGGAGCGAUUGGUUAUCCUGGUGAUAAAGGUGAUGCGGGUUUGCCUGGACAGAAUGGAGAGACAGGACCUGUUGGUCCAAAGGGUGAUACUGGACCACUUGGACCAUCUGGACCUCCUGGACCCCCAGGAAAACCUGGCGUAGAUGGAGUUCAAGGUCGUGAUGGUGCUAAAGGUGAACCUGGCAAACCCGGUUAUGUUGGUAUGCCUGGAACUAAGGGUGAACGCGGUGCACCCGGUAAUGAUGGACCUAAAGGGUUUACAGGUCCUCCAGGAACUCCAGGAAAACGAGGUUCUCCUGGUCCAGAGGGCAUGCCAGGUAUAAAGGGAGACAAGGGCGAAGUUGGUUUAUCUGGUAAUGAUGGUGCAACGGGACCUAGAGGACCACCAGGGCCACCUGGUUUAAUGGGAUCUAAGGGAGAUAUUGGUCCACAAGGACCUCCUGGAACUGAUGGUCGUCCUGGAUUCGAUGGAGAAAAAGGUUCCAAAGGUGAGGCUGGUUUCGAUGGCCCUCAGGGAUUACCUGGUGAUGCGUCAGAAAAAGGACAAAAGGGAGAACCUGGCUUAUCUGGAUUGCGCGGCGAAGAAGGCCGUCCUGGUGCCCCCGGAAUUCGCGGCGAGAAAGGCUACCCCGGUAUACCCAUUCACGGAAUACCUGGGGCGAAGGGUGACAAAGGUGACCGUGGUCUCGAUGGUAUCGAUGGGCUCAAUGGUGAGCCUGGUGAAAAGGGCAAUAGUGGCUUCCCUGGCUUAAAUGGACUUAAAGGUGAUAAAGGUGAAAUGGGAUUAUCAGGAGCCCCAGGAGCUCCUGGUUUGGAAGGAAGACCUGGUGAGGCGGGUGCACCUGGUCCAGUUGGCUAUACUGGCGCAAAAGGCGACAAGGGAGAUGUAGGUCUCAUAGGUCUUGAAGGUGUUAAAGGUGAUAAAGGAGCUACUGGUUACCGUGGUCCAACUGGAGCCCCUGGUCUAAAGGGUGAAAGAGGUUUACCAGGACAAAGUGGACGUGAUGCACAACCAAUUACUAUUAAAGGUGAUAAAGGUGAAACGGGUGAAUUCGGAGUUGAAGGCUUGCAAGGCCCAAUGGGUCCGAAAGGUAACCAAGGUUUACCCGGCUUAAACGGACCAAAGGGAGAACGUGGCUUACCUGGUGCAGUGGGUAUGCCUGGUUUGAAUGGCGCUCCAGGUUUAAAAGGUGACCAAGGUCCUGUUGGAGAACCUGGUGCACCGGGGCCAGCAAUCAAAGGAGAAAAGGGUCUGCUUGGAAGAUCUGGAAGAAACGGACGCGAAGGCGCUUCUGGUGCACCUGGUCAGAAGGGUGAAAAGGGUUUACCUGGUCUCGCCGGUGUACCUGGUUUAAUUGGUUUACCCGGACCGAUGGGUCCAGCUGGACCUAAAGGAGAUCGAGGAAUCAUGGGACAGCCUGGUCGUGAUGGUGCUGAUGGCUUACCUGGCCAAAAUGGUCAAAAAGGUGACAUGGGCUUCCCCGGUCCAAAGGGCGAACGUGGAUUAGCUGGUUUUGAAGGACAAAAGGGAGAGAAAGGUGAACGAGGUAUGCAGGGUUCGCCAGGCUUAGAGGGUCGUAGUGGAAUGAAAGGUGAUCGCGGAUUCCCAGGAUUAGAAGGAGCACCUGGACCAGUCGGAGCACCUGGUGAAAAAGGUUUUACCGGACCUAAAGGUCGGGAUGGGCGUGAUGGUUUGCCUGGAGCACCUGGUCAAAAGGGCGAACCAGGUUUAGUACCACCACCUGGUCCUAAAGGCGAACCUGGUCAUCCCGGAUAUGACGGACAAAAAGGAGAGCGGGGUCCACCAGGUCCACGUGGUGUUUCCGGUCUACAGGGUGAGCGCGGCGAGAAAGGUGAUAUCGGUAUGACCGGACUGGUUGGUCAAAUCGGACGACCUGGACCAAAAGGUGAUAGAGGUAUGCCUGGUAUACAAGGACGUGAAGGAGCUCCUGGACAACCUGGACCUCAAGGUGAAGCCGGUGCGGCAUGCACAGCAGCUCAAGAUUAUCUGACUGGCAUAUUGCUUGUUAAACACAGCCAAUCGGAAGAGAUACCACGUUGUCCCAGCGGCCAAGUUGAACUAUGGACCGGUUACUCAAUGUUAUAUGUAGAUGGCAACGAUUAUGCGCACAAUCAAGAUCUCGGCUCAGCCGGUUCCUGCGUGCGCCGCUUCUCAACACUGCCAGUAAUGUCGUGUGGACAAAACAAUGUUUGCAAUUACGCUUCGAGAAACGAUAAGACGUUCUGGCUUUCAACAUCCGCACCCAUUCCAAUGAUGCCCAUACAGAAUAACGAGAUCAGCAAUUAUAUAUCGCGUUGCGUAGUCUGCGAGGCACCUGCAAAUGUUAUCGCUGUACAUAGCCAAUCUCUAACCAUUCCCGAUUGCCCCUACGGAUGGGAAAGCCUAUGGAUAGGCUACAGUUUUGUAAUGCAUACCGCUGUGGGUAAUGGCGGCGGUGGUCAAGCACUAGCAUCGCCCGGUUCAUGUUUGGAAGAUUUCCGUGCCACACCGUUCAUUGAAUGUAAUGGUGCCAAAGGUCACUGCCAUUUCUAUGAAACCAUGACCAGCUUCUGGUUGGUCACAGUUGAGAACAACGAACAGUUCCAACGUCCCGCAAUGCAAACGCUCAAGGCUGGCAAUUUGCUGCAACGAGUAUCGAGAUGUACAGUUUGUAUAAAAAAUUCAACAUAAGCAGCAGUUCUUAAUCUUGUUCUUUCCAAAAAGCUAUAUACCAUUAUAUAACUAAAGUAAAUUUUAUUGAGUAACUUUAUAAAAUUCUACGCUCAAAAAACGACGAAAUUCAAUGAAAUUCAUAUUUUUAAAAAUCGAAAACAAUCCAAAAACAAAAACAUUGUUGGUAACAAAUUGCUAUGAAUUCCUUAAAAUACCAAAAAAAAAACCUAGACAACGAGUGCUAGAAAAUGUUCAUGUUGUCUUCAAUGUGACGGCAACAUUUUAGUUUCUAGCGAAUAUAAUUUGUAAUCGAAAAGUACUUGCCCAAGUGUUAAUCUUAAUGUUUAUAAAAACAAAAAACAAAAACCAAAAUAAAAACAAAAAUUCUGCCAUUGCCACUAAACUAUGAAGAUACAAAAGUUGAAAGCUUCUUGUUUUUUAAUUGUAAUAUUAGCAUGUAAAAUAUAAGCGAAUGAGAAAAAAUUAAACAUAACUAAAUAUGUAAUAUGUGUAGUAGCCAUCUAAUAAACUGUAUAUUUGUAUGAAAAAAAUAAUAAAACGAAACACAAAUACCGAA